AUGGAUGACAGAGAGAUGGCUGAGAAGCUCAGGUUGGAACUGACCUGUUCCAUUUGCUUGGAUCUCUUCACCCAAGCAGUGACCCUUGACUGUGGGCACAACUUCUGCAGAGAGUGUGUCCUUCAGAGCUGGCAGCAAACCCAUGUCCCAUGGACCUGCCUGCUGUGCAGGGCAAGCAGUAGGCCCAGAGGCUUAAAGCCCACCCAGCUCCUGGAGGACCUAGUCAGCUUCAGCAGGCAGCUAAGACCUCCGGGGCCAGGUGACAUGGGCAGCCAGGCCACCUGUGGCCGACACCUAGCCAUUUGCAAGCUCUUCUGUGAAGAUGACCAUAGCCCACUCUGUGCCUCCUGCUUACUCUCCCCGGAACAUGAAGCUCAUCAGGUGUAUCCCCUAGAAGAGUCUGCUGAGAACUGCAAGGGGCAGUUGCAGGAAGCCCUUGGCCAUGCUUGGGCCAAGGAGAGAGAGGCCCACAUGUUGCUAGAGCAGGAGAGAGGGAGGCUGCUGAGGUGCCGAAUGGAGACUUGCACACUGAAGCGGGUCCUCCUGCCAGAAUACAUCAAGACCAAUCCUGUCUGGACAGAGAAGAAACAACAGGGUGUCCUGGACAAGGAAAACAGAAGGAAUGUGAAGAGACUAAGGGCCAGCGAAGACAGAAUCUCCCGCUACAUCCAAGACCUCAGGAAGAUGACCGAGGAGUUGGAGAAGACUUUGGAGCAGCCACUCGUGGAGAUGCUCCUGGGAGGGAGGAGCACUAUGGAAAGGAGUCGGGAGCUGCUGCUUCGGUGUCCAGAGCCUGCUGCCCUAGACUGGACUGUGUGUGGAACCACUGGAAUGAGGGAACUACUACUGGCCUUCCAAAGCCACAUCAGUCUGGAUCCAGGAACAGCCCAUUCUAAUCUCAUCCUCUCUGAAGACCUGAAGAGUGUGAGGCUUCCCAGAAACUGGCAGGACCUACUGGCCAACCUGCAAGGAGGGGUGGGGCAUCCUCUUUCUGUGCUGGGUGCUCAGAGCUUCACUUCAGGGAGUCAUUAUUGGGAGGUGGAGGUAGGAAGUGAGACAGAGUGGGAAGUGGGCAUCUGUAAAGGGCCAGGAAAUGACCAGGGCAAUGUUCACGGGGACGUGUUCUCCAUCACAUGCCUCCACAUGGGAGAUCAAUUCAAACUGUGGAUCUCUCACACCAUGGAAAACCCUGAGGAAACAGGGCCCCUGCACAGCCUGGGCAUUUUCCUCCAUUAUGAAGGAGGGCACGUGUCAUUUUAUAAUGUGACACAGGGCUGCCUGAUCUACGCCUUUCCCCCUGUCACCUUCCAAGGUCCUCUCAGGCCUUUCUUCUCUCCUGGCCUUGUACAGGAAGAGAACCAGCCAAGCACUCUCACCAUUUGUCCACUGAGCCCCCAGUACCGAGGGAGCUCAUGA